AUGGACAUUGAGUCAAAGUUACUGAGAAAUAUUGUAAAGCCAAAUAAAAAAUGCACAUUAAAGCUUGUGAAACCAGAAGGAACUAGCUAUUUGUAUUUAAAACCUGCAGAUAAAGCAAGCUAUAUUCAUUCAAGGCUAUUGCAAAUGAAGCCAUUAUUUUUGGAAAGCCUUCAGAUUUCGGAAUUUAAACCAAUCAACUACCAGUCUAUUAAGCCGUUCUACACCUUUGGAAUGAUAUCCUCUUCUACAGGAUCUAAGAUCAGUUCUGAAGACAUUGUAUCCGCAAUACCCACCGACCCUUUGGUAUUUGCUUUUAAUUCCACAGAUAACAGCAAUGUCUCUGUAAAGUUAGAUCUUUCAGCCUUGGAUUCAUAUUCACUAUUUAACGGUCAGGUUGUGGCUGUCAAAGGAACAAAUACAAGAGGAGACUCAAUUCUUGUAGAAAGUAUUUAUUCAACUCCGGGUUUAACUGAGUAUAAGUCUGUGAGAGGAGAAAUUGCCGCAGUCAUUUCAAAAGGACCAUUUUCUUACGCAGAUCUUGAAAGUAUUUUCAAACUGGAAUCCGAUCCUUUUAUAUUUUUUGGACCUUUUUGUGGUACAAAUGAAAGCGAAUUUAAGACACUUUCAGAGUUUGUUGACUCACUUGAAAUUUUUAUCAGAAAGCUUCAAAGUGUCAAAGUUAUCAUUGUUCCUAGCUUGGAUGACUACUGUUCCGUGAGAGUAUAUCCUCAACCUGCAAUAAAAAUUUCCAAUGAAAGGAUAACUUCAUUGCCUAAUCCUUCAUACAUCCUUCUAAAUAAUCACCUGAUCUUACUUUCAAAUUUUGACAGCUUUAUUGAUUUAUGCUAUGAAGAAAUCUCAAAGGAACCUUCUAAGUCUGAAGAUGUUUUAUUUUCUGGAGAUAGAAUUCAAAGACUUUCUUAUCACCUUGUCUUUCAACAAUCAUUUGUUCCUGUUCUUAACUCAAAAUCCAAUGUGGCUUUUGGAAGUUGGUUGAAAAUGAGUUAUUCUCCUGAUUUGUAUGUAAUCUCAUCAAAAAUUAAAAGCUUUGACAGGUGUGUUGGACCUGUUACUGUGUUUAAUACUGGUGGGCUUUCAAAAAUUAGCUUUAAAAUUACAAGUUGUGAUAGUUCUCCAAAGUAUAACAUUACGAAAAUUACUCUAUAG